UCUGGAAAAUCAUUCUGGAUGGAAGCUUGAAAGAAUCACUCAGCCUUUCUCUUUCUUUUGUCGUCAAUACUUUAAUUCCUGAAAACCCAAUGAACACCCUAUUCGGUCAAAGCAAAUGGGAAAACUUCGUCAGAAUUGGCGAAAUUGACGGAGUUCAUGUUUUACCAAAACCGGUGGAAAAGCUUGUGUUGGAGAUUGAGAAGACGUUUGGCACUGGAAGUCAUUGGUGUCUAUGAUUUCAUGUUAGAUUCCCGAAAAGAAGAACAGCGAUUCAGCGACCUCACAGUUUCGCCGGGCUUUCGCCGGACGUUCGUUCAUCUGCCCGCCCUAUACCGAGAAUUCAUGGCAAAAUUAUCCACGAAGAAAAGCUGGCUUAUCUUUGUCCAGGAUCUGCACGGCGAUCGUCUGAUAGAAAGUGAUUACAAGUUUAAUGUACUGGAAAACAGGCGGCGCGAAAUCCUUUGUGCAAAGCCAUGGACUGUAGGUGACUCCAUGCAGGCCAUGGACUUGAUCAAGAAAGACUAUCAGGUGGAAUGUUGGUUCGACGACUUACCCGGCGCCACAGCGUCCUAUACCAAUAAUGUGAAAACCCAUGUUUAUCGCGCAGGCUUCCCUUUAGGUCAAAUCAAAAAUGACAAGAUCUAUAUCAAUAACCACGUAACAUUCAAUAUCAUUUAUGUCGCGGAGCCUAGCGACCCCUCACGUAUCGAAAUCAAGGGCUUUGAAGUUUACCCCGAUUCGUAAGUCAUUUCACCAAAUAGCCACGGUCCCAAAAUGAUAUAUUUAGACAUACUUUGUCAGUAUCGCAGAGAGUCAAUGUCAAAGAACUUCCAUGGAUUACAUGAAGCAAUAAAUCACCGAAAGACGAUCCAUGGUAUCCUUUACAUACUCUGUCAAAUGGACAGAGGUAAUUG